UGACUCUAUGACUCGAUGUCUGCCAGUAACCUUUUCAUCGUUGGUUUGCAGUUGUCACUUUACACAACCCCGGACAAAAACUAUCAAUUUGUGGAGGCAAAACCAAGCCAGCUGGAAGAGAAAAUCUCAGAACUCCGAAAGUUAACUACUGCGCACACCACAGGGCUCCAGGAUGCUUACACAACAGUGAAGCCUAAAAUGGAAAACGCAAUUCAGUUUGGAAAAGAUGGCUAUGCCUUUCUGAAGAACCCACCAACUGGAUUCUACCCACGUGCUGGAGUCAUCGCAGUGGCUGGAGUAGCUGGUCUCCUCCUCGCUGGGAGGGGUUCCCGGGUAAGAAAAGUGCUUUAUUCGUGUGGGUUUGUUGCAGCCUGUGGCUCUCUGUAUUAUCCUCAAGAAACAGUCGAAGCAGUAAAGCUGGCCAGUACAACUGUUUAUGAACUGUCGAUGCAAGUGUACCUAAACAUUGAAUCCUUGUGGAAAAAAAAUACACAGAGGGAACAAGGACCUGUCCCAACACUCAGUAACAAUCAGGCUGGAGAUGUUCAACAGUCGGGUGAGAACACUUCCUCCUGAACUCUGUCAGUCAGCAGUUGUCGAAGGGAACAGUUGGACGCAUGACUGAAGCUAUAUUUCCCCUAUGAAACAGAAGGAACUCGAAUCAUUAUGACUAUGUUCAUCAAAUCUUAUUUAUGACAGUUGAGCGGAGAAUUAUUAUUUUUGUUUGUGAAGGUGCUAACAACUGAGAAAUAUUUGUGUAUAUUGAACAAGCUGCAAUAAAAAUCCAAAAGUCUCA